AUGGCAGAAAGUGGUCGGUCAAAGCUUUUGCCAGAACUGCUCCUGGUAGAUAUGCAGCCGUAUGUCUAUGAGAAUGAUGCAAUAAAGGUCUACUACCUUCAAGAGAGCCAAAGAACGUGGUAUCCAUUGGAUGUCAGUGUCACACAAGAUUUAGUCCUAUUUUUAGGUGACGACAUUUGUUUUGCAGCUACUAUUGCGCAGCUAGGGAUUGCUCGCGGUAAUUGUGUGAUUUUUAUGGAUGGUCCGUUUCGCCGUUAUACCAAUCCUAACAUGCCUAUGCGAGGAAUGAGUAUGGUUUUUUUGGAUGACGAGGAUGGGUUAAUUGGUACAAUUAGCCCUGAAUUUAGGCAGCUCUUCUGGCCUCCACGGGCUUGGACCAGUAUGAAUGAAGUUUGUGUUGUAGCUUUUGUUUUAUAUGUUAAGUAG